AACGAGGACGAGAGAGCGAAACUCGACACAGAACGAGAGAGUGAAACUCACGACAGAACGAGGACGCUCGCCACAGAACAAGGACGCUCGCCACAGAACGAGAGAGCGACACUCGCCACAGAACGAGGACGCUCGCCACAGAACGAGAGAGCGACACUCGCCACAGAACGAGGACGCUCGCCACAGAACGAGAGAGCGACAUUCGCCACAGAACAAGCGACACUCGCCACAGAGCGAGAGAGCGACACUCGCCACAGAACGAGCACGCUCGCCACAGAACGAGAGAGCGACACUCACCACAGAACGAGAGAGCGACACUCACCACAGAACGAGAGAGCGACACUCACCACAGAACGAGAGAGCGACACUCACCACAGAACGAGAGAGCGACACUCACCACAGAACGAGAGAGCGACGCUCGCCACAGAACGAGAGAGCGACACUCACCACAGAACGAGAGAGCGACACUCACCACAGAACGAGAGAGCGACACUCACCACAGAACGAGAGAGCGACGCUCACCACAGAACGAGAGAGCGACACUCACCACAGAACGAGAGAGCGACACUCACCACAGAACGAGAGAGCGACACUCACCACAGAACGAGAGAGCGACACUCACCACAGAACGAGCACGCUCGCCACAGAACGAGAGAGCGACGCUCGCCACAGAACGAGAGAGCGACGCUCGCCACAGAACGAGAGAGUGACACUCGCCACAGAACGAGAGAGCGACGCUCGCCACAGAACGAGAGAGUGACACUCACCACAGAACGAGCACGCUCGCCACAGAACGAGCGACGCUCGCCACAGAACGAGAGAGCGACACUCACCACAGAACGAGAGAGUGACACUCACCACAGAACGAGCACGCUCGCCACAGAACGAGAGCGACACUCACCACAGAACGAGAGAGCGACGCUCGCCACAGAACGAGAGAGCGACACUCACCACAGAACGAGCGACGCUCGCCACAGAACAAGCGACGCUCGCCACAGAACGAGCGACACUCACCACAGAACGAGCGACGCUCGCCACAGAACGAGCGACGCUCGCCACAGAACAAGCGACACUCACCACAGAACGAGCGACGCUCGCCACAGAACGAGCGACACUCACCACAGAACGAGCACGCUCGCCACAGAACGAGCGACGCUCGCCACAGAACGAGAGAGCGACGCUCGCCACAGAACGAGAGAGCGACACUCGCCACAGAACGAGAGAGCGACACUCGCCACAGAACGAGAGAGCGACGCUCGCCACAGAACGAGCACGCUCGCCACAGAACGAGAGAGCGACGCUCGCCACAGAACGAGCACGCUCGGUCACAAGAGUCAGAGAUCCACCUUCACUACAACGUGGAGAAAGAGCAGCAGGAAAGUGAAG